AUGGCGUAUGCCACUGAAUCCGUCGAUUCGUGGCAGAAUGCACUCAUCGCGUACCAUUCAGAUACGAGCAAGAGUCCUCAGGCCACCUGGUCGUAUGCCACCAAUCCGGGAGCGACGUCCCCGCAAGGCGGACUAGCCAUGGUUGGUGGCUCGCCCGGGGCGGGGUUCUCGUUCAAAUUUACAGGCGUAGAAGUGUUGGUCAACGGCCCUGUGAAUGCGCCCAUAGGCGGUUGCUCUCCCCCAGUGUCAGUUUACAGCGUAGACGGUUCUGCGCCGGUCACUUUCACAGCGCCAAACGUGACUACUAAUAUUGACGACCUGGAGUUUUUCGACAGCGGGCACCUUGCGCUCGGAGAGCAUGUGCUCGUUACGAACAUCACACAGGCAUCUGCCGGGUGCUUAUACGCGCUGGAUUAUAUCACGUAUAUCGCACCACCGGGAGACGUGCUUCCUACAGCAUCGUCCACCGCCCCUGCGCCCUCGAGCUCAAGCUCUGCCACGCCGUCGUUAGCUGCUCCUGCACAACCAACAUCUCCGUCUCCGCAGUCUCCGUCUCCUCAGUCCCCAUCUCCCACACAGUCGUCCCCUUCCUCGCCGCAGCUAUCGUCCGCGGCACAUCAGUCUUCUUCGUUUUCUUCUUCACAGUCGUUAUAUUCAGGAUCGCAAUCUGCGUCAUCGUCACCAUCAUUAUCAUCCACCGUCUCUCAUUUAUCAUAUUCGUCUGGGAGGAAUACAACGGCGGCUGGUGGACCUACGGGUGCGUCGCCUCUCGAGACUGCAGCAAGUUCUCCAUCGUCCGCUGGCAUGGCGGGCGGCAUCACCCAUAAAUCGUCAACCCCGAUUGGGGCCAUUGUGGGCGGCGUUGUGGGCGGGAUCGCCGGGUUAACGGUCCUGCUCAUACUGCUCAUAUUGUGGUACCGACGCCGAAAUGCAUCGGACACUUUGCCGGAUCCUUAUGUUGAUCAGGGAGACAAUGAUAAAGGGUCUGUUCCAGCAGUUUCAGUUUACAAAAGUGAACUUCAUAUCCGGCAUGACCCUGAGUCGGGAAUGCGGAUGGUGGAAUCGAUGCCGAACGAGGGCUCAUCGUCGGUCGCACCGCAAAGCCUUGGUGAGACACGGAGCAGCGCGUCGCUCUUGCCUGGCACCUCAUCAUCAUCUGAAUAUCCACCUACUCCUGAUGCUGUCGAAGGAGCAGCGAACGCAGUUCAGCCCCUGCAGCAUACCACCACCUCCUCUCUGCCCGCGGCCUCCUCUUCUCCUUUAGUUUCACCGCUAACCGCCAUCACCUCACCUCCAAUAACGGAGAUCUCGGGACAGCGGUCUUCGUUAGUUCACGGCCGUUCGUUGGGUAUACCUCAAGAUGGCGUAGGCGCUUCAUCUUCAUCGCAAAUGCCCUUUGGGUCUCCAUCCUCAUCCUCAUCGCCCGCGCUCCGGCCACGAUCGCCCGAGCUCCAUAUGGAUUCGGGUAUGCGCUUCCCCCCACACUUUGUACCCUCAGAGGUGGACAUGAACCUCCUUGGCGCGCCGCCGAUGUAUACGCCGGAUUGA